CCUCCGCCUCUUUGUGUCACGGGAGGAGGCGGUACCGGGUGGACCGUGGACCGCUGGCGGGGCGUGUGCCUCCGGUUAAUCAGUUCGGGCUCCGAAGCUCUGGCUGCCCGCUGCGCUGCGCUCCGGUUCAGCGAUCAGAGGCAGGCGGCCGCUGCCAGACCCACAUCCACGCGUGAUCAGAGGAGCCGCUGUGUUUUGGAUUUACCGUGGCGUGGCGUGUCCUCCGGCUGAGGCGGAGAGACUGGACCGCAGACCCAGAACCCACCCAACGGUUCCACGGCCACAGCUGUCACGCAGGAUCCAGAUAAAACCUGAAGAGCAAAAACAAGCCUGACAAGGAACAAGAAGAGUGGGAAAUAAAACCGAACUGAAUAUGGAGGAGAAGAACGGAACAUUUGGGGGUUUGUAGUCCAACAAAAAGGAAAGAAUGGUGAAAUAAAGCCACAAGGCUGUGUGGAACAGCAGCAGACUUACAGGGAAAACAUCUGGAUGAAGGAGCAGCCAGCAGCUUCCUGCCCUACAAAGAUGGCCUCCAACUUCAGUGACAUCAUCAAGCAGGGCUAUGUGCGAAUGCGGAGCCGGAAGCUCGGGAUCUAUCGCCGUUGCUGGCUGGUGUUUAAGAAGUCAUCGAGCAAAGGACCCCGCCGUCUGGAGAAAUAUCCCGAUGAGAAGGCUGCCUACAUCAGAGGAUGUCCUAAGGUAACAGAAAUCAGUAACGUCAAGAACGUCACCAGGUUACCUCGGGAUACAAAGCGACAGGCGGUAGCCAUUGUGUUCACUGAUGACACUUCACGCACCUUCACCUGUGAAUCAGAGCUGGAGGCAGAAGACUGGUUCAAGAUGCUCUCAAUAGAGUGCCUUGGUUUGAGGCUGAAUGAUAUCAGCAUGGGAGAACCUGACCUCCUGGCUGCUGGAGUGCAGUGUGAACACACAGAGCGUUUCAGAGUCUUUCUCCUCCCCUCUCCCACCCUGGAUAUCUACGGGGAGUGCAUGAUGCAGAUAACCCAUGAGAACAUAUACCUGUGGGAUAUCCACAACCCUCGCAACAAACUGGUCACCUGGCCCCUCUGCUGUCUCCGCCGCUAUGGACGUGAUGCCACUCGCUUCACUUUUGAAGCCGGACGGACUUGUGAUAGUGGUGAAGGCCUCUACACCUUCCAGACCAACGAGGGUGAGCAGAUCUACCACAGGGUCCACUCUUCUGCUUUGGCCAUUGCUGAACAGCACAAAAAGGUCCUGCUGGAGAUGGAAAGAAACAGAAGGCUGCUGUCCAAGGACUCACAUGCUGGCUCCUAUCCAUGUACCCCAACUGCCAUCCUACCCAGAUCUGCCUACUGGCACCACAUCACUGGAAACCAGACCGGCAUGGACCAUGGCAAUGGUGAUGUUGCAGAGGACCAACUACUGUCCACACAUCGAGCCCCUGGGCGUCACCCUACCCUUCCUCUGAAGGCACAGUCGCUGUCACAUCUACACACCAGCCUACCUUUCCAGGACAGUGACGGACACACAUACAGAGGAGGAUGUGCACACGGGGACAUGCUGUGACGACACUCAUCUUUGCGGUCCCUAAUGCUGCCGUUUGAUGCAGUGCCACCCAGCUUUAGAUGAGGGGACCACGUCCAUGUGGAGCUGACCCCAUUGGGCUUCCUCCCAUCACUCUUGGUCCACAGCAGACAUUCGGGUCUGCCUGUGCUCUUUCUGUGAAACAUGACGGUUUGCUCUGAAUCAGCGGGUUUCUUUUAAAGACUUGAUGGCUGAAUCCUGACACUGUUGGGAUUUUUCAGUUAUGUAAAGAGAUGCUCCUUCCUCUGCCAGCUCAGUAGCUGAAACUCUGGGACCAGCCGGCAGUUUCAACAUUUUGAAUUCCUCCUUCCUGCCAAGUCGCCUGUUAUGCUGCAUUCACUCUGUCGCAUUCUGAGUGUCAAAGCGUCAGCUUUACAUGCCUAUGGGAGAAGGCGUUAAGUUUUCACGUCCGAGUGUUCGACACUGCAGUUCAGUUAAUCGAACCUUUGCCGCUGGAGGCCAGAGCGUCAACCAAUCAGAAAAGCUAAUGCGGGUUGUUUUUGGGGAGACAGACACUACCUGCAAGCUGCCAUCGGUUCUGCAGACAUUCUACAUAUGAAAAAUAAAUGAAUAUCAUUGGAGUUCAACUCCAAAGGUUAAAAUAAAGCCACAGAAGGAACAGAGAGCAGCUCUGAUCAUUAUUGCUGAACUAAAACAUUUUUAUGAACUAUGGAGAAACAGUUUGUAAAUAUCCAAAUUCCCUAGAAAUGUUAAAACCUGCUGAUGAAAAAUAUUCAAUUGUGUAUUUUGGUUCUUGUUCACUAAAAACCUUGAAAACGCUGUUCACUUCCAGCCGCUACGAACGGCAGGAGGAAAUCCUCCACAGGCUGGCCGCAGCAGAGAGCUUUCAGCAGGGAUUUCCAGCGCUGCCUCCCAGUGGUAUGUUGGAGGUCUGGAGCUCCCAACAAGAGAUGCAGAUUAUAGUGGGAUUACAAUCCUGAUAAACCAAUGAACAGAGGAUGUUUGGAGGUGGACUUUCUCACUUAUAAACAUGCUUAAAACUAUUUUUUCAACUCAUAACGUAAAUAAAGCCACUGCACCACGAUGUUUCACAAAUUUCUGCGUUUGCUAGUUUUCGAUGCUCAAAACACCUUAAGUGUGAACGCAGCAUUAGUUUUCCCUUGGGCCAAACAAUCUACAUGUGCCUGUCUGGAGCGAUGGCUGGGUGAGCGCUACUUUGUGUUUCAGACAAUGUGGCUCUGUCAAAUUGGAAGUUCGACAGAGUAACACGUGGACCGAUGCUGCAAGGUGCCUUACCAGAACCGAAUGGACUCUCCUGUCCCUAGAUUGGAUUUUUAAUCCAGAGGAUCCACAGCUUUUCUUUGAAGCCAUCACGUCACCUUUCAGGUACGGGAUCACUGCAUGGUGUUUAUAAUCUCUGUAAGAGCUGCAGAUGCUGAUUUACAUUGAGGGGUGGCUGAAG